GCUGUAUUCUCGGGGGUCGGGGCUGUGACGUUGUGGGCGGUGCCUCAGGGAGCGGUGUGGAGCCGCUCCGCGGGGCCUGUGAUCUGUGUCAAGUCGCGGCAGUAUGGCGGGGAAUUGCAGCGGUUUCACGGUGGCUUCAGGGGAGAUCAUUCAGCUGAACGUGGGCGGCACCAGGUUCAGCACCUCAAGACAAACACUAAUGUGGAUUCCAGACUCCUUCUUCUCAAGCUUGCUGAGUGGGAGAAUCUCAACACUACGUGAUGAAACUGGAGCGAUAUUUAUUGACCGGGAUCCUACAGCAUUUGCACCAAUUCUGAAUUUUCUUCGAACAAAGGAAUUAGAUUUAAGGGGAGUGAACAUUAAUGUUCUGAGACAUGAAGCUGAAUUUUAUGGGAUUACUCCUUUAGUACGUCGCCUGCUGCUGUGUGAGGAACUGGAACGCUCGUCGUGUGGCAGUGUUCUCUUCCACGGCUACUUGCCACCUCCAGCUAUUCCCAGUAGAAAAGGAAGCAUUGGAAGUGCGGGACCCUCACAAGAGACCAAAGCUGGACCGAGUGCACCAGAGGGGGCAGUUCGCCCAAAUGUUGCUCCUUGUACAUCAGCUGGGGUCAUUUCUGCAGAGGGAUCUGCCCGAUUGGGUACAGCGGUAGAUCCCCGUAAAGUUCUAAUAGUUGCUGGUCAUCAUAACUGGAUUGUAGCAGCCUACGCACACUUUGUGGUUUGUUACAGAAUAAAGGAGUCCUCUGGAUGGCAGCAGGUUUUCACCAGUCCGUAUUUGGACUGGGCCAUCGAACGUGUGGCACUGAAUGCAAAAGUCGUUGGAGGACCUCUUGGAGAUAAGGACAAGAUGGUAGCUGUGGCAUCUGAAAGCAGCAUUAUCCUGUGGAGCAUUCAGGACGGUGGUAGCGGCAAUGAGAUAGGUGUUUUCAGCCUUGGAGUCCCAGUGGAUGCACUCUUCUUUAUUGGAAACCAGCUGGUGGCUACCAGUCACACUGGGAAAGUGGGAGUGUGGAAUGCAGUCACCCAACAUUGGCAGGUUCAGGAAGUUGUUCCCAUUACAAGUUAUGAUACUGCAGGGUCGUUCCUCCUGUUGGGCUGUAAUAAUGGAUCAAUAUAUUACAUAGAUAUGCAGAAAUUCCCUUUGAGAAUGAAGGAUAAUGAUCUUCUGGUUACUGAACUUUAUCACGAUCCUUCAAACGAUGCUAUUACUGCACUGAGUGUGUAUCUCACCCCUAAAACAAGUGUCAGUGGUAACUGGAUUGAGAUCGCAUACGGAACCAGCUCAGGAGCAGUGCGCGUGAUAGUCCAGCAUCCUGAGACAGUCGGCUCAGGCCCUCAGCUCUUCCAGACUUUCACGGUCCACCGGAGUCCAGUCACUAAAAUCAUGCUGUCUGAAAAAUACCUAGUAUCUGUGUGUGCGGACAAUAACCAUGUGAGGACCUGGACAGUGACACGCUUCAGAGGAAUGAUCUCCACACAGCCUGGCUCUACACCACUAGCUUCUUUUAAAAUACUCUCACUGGAAGAAACAGAGAGUCAUGGUAGUUAUGCAUCUGGGAAUGACAUUGGGCCAUUUGGGGAGAGGGAUGACCAGCAGGUUUUCAUUCAGAAAGUUGUCCCAGUCACGAGCAAGCUGUUUGUCCGCCUGUCCUCCACGGGGAAAAGGAUUUGUGAGAUCCAGGCAGUCGAUUGCACAACCAUAAGUUCAUUUACAGUGCGGGAAUGUGAAGGAUCCAGUCGGAUGGGCUCACGGCCAAGGCGCUACCUCUUCACUGGUCAUGGGAAUGGGAGCAUUCAGAUGUGGGAUCUGACCACAGCUAUGGACAUGGCAAACAAAGGGGAAGAGAGAGAUAUUGGAGGUCCCACUGAGGAAGAGCUGCUGAAGCUGCUGGAUCAGUGUGAUCUGAGCACGUCCCGCUGUGCUACUCCUAAUAUCAGUCCAGCAGCCUCUCUCGUACAACAUGCUAAACUACGGGAGUCAAGCUCAAGUCUUCAGCUUCAGACCCAAGAGACUCCUCAUGAGACUGCAACAUACGGCUCUGUGAGACCAUACAGGGAGAGUCCACUGCUAGCGAGAGCGAGGAGGACAGAGAGCUUUCACACCUACCGCGAUUUUCAGCCGUUUACAUUCUGUAAAAAUGUCUUGGACAAGGGCAGUGCUGGUAAUGAGAGCGACUCCUCAGUGCAGCUGGAGGCUGAACUGAAAGGAAAGAAGCCUGGAGCUACAGAGUGUAGCAUUGUUGAUCGAAAAGGCCCGACAACAGACACACGAGUGAGUAAGAGUCCAGACGGAAUGUUGGAAAGCCAGAAAGCGGUCGACAGCCCAGCUGACCUCAAGAAAAAGGUACCAGAUGAAGAAACCGAUAAGGCUGAGAGCAAGAAGAAAAGUACUUUUGAGGGAGGGUUUCUGAGCAGGAAGAAACCUGUUGCAGGGCAGCAGCAGUGGGCAGCGUUGCUAGAGGGAGGGAGUGAGCCUCCCAGUGCUGCCUCACUGUCGCCAACUAAAGUGACCACCUCUCCUCGCCACAAGAAAACCGAAGCUCCAAGCCAGGAACACAGCGCGUAAAUCAUCGUAACUACAAUGAAACUGCUUUGAUUUUUAACCAACAAGAGACUUAGUUAUUGAACACUACAGUAUUCUCACAUAUAUUCUGUACACUAUCACAUUUUCAUUUGAAGACUUACUACAUGUUUAUUUGUUUUCUCAGUAUUACACAUUUGUAUUUAAAGAUUUUGGUUGCAUAAUGGUUAUAUUUGUCCUCACUAAGCACCAGCAUAUAAGUAAGUGAUUGACACAGGCUGCCCCCCCACCCCCAGUUGCUGAGCCCAUCAAAGCUUGUUUUUAAUUAACAUCUGUUUGUUUGAUUCACAUCAGAUAUGAUCCUCUAUAAUUUUCAUGGACUGUUUCUACAGGAAAUGUUCAUUGUUAGCUGUAUCGAAGUGGUGCAAGCUAUAUUAUUGCCUAUGUGAGCUUUCUUCUGUGUGGGUUCAAGGUGAAUUCCUUUUAAGGUUUGUAAACCUGGGGAAAUGAUGCAAUUAAAGUAUGUACAGUAUUUCUGUGAAUGGUAAAUGGCAUUAGGAAGAGCAUGUGUUUUCUUAAGUCUCAAAAUGCUCUAAACGUUUGUGCUUUGGUAAAUACAGUACUUACUAUUGCACCAAUGAUCACAGUGCAUUAUACACAACUUGUAAAUGGGGAGUCAAACGAGCUGUGAAAUAUGGCCUUGUACACAAAUAAACAGUUGCUAUAUAUUGCCAAUCCAACAUCCUAUUUGGGGACUUGGGCUUUAGAUAGCACAAAUCAUCCUAGAGCCACGUUCUGGUUGGUAAAUUGGGAAAUCUUUCUGGGUUUGCUUUAAACAACUGUUGCAAGUGUACUGGUUUCACACAGACACUAGAAUUGUUCCUGUGUUUCAGGUGGGAAGUAAGGAAGCUGCCAAACACAUGACUGGAAUCCCCUCCACACAACAGCUGAAAACAUGUGCAUCACCUUCAGUGAUCCUAGUGGUGAGAGUGAAAUUGUUGUUCAUGUUAAUUUCACUGCUCCUUUGAAUGUUCUGCUCAGAUUUUCACAUUCUAGAAAUGUUCAAAAGAAACUGAAUAGGGUUUUUAGCUUCACCAAAAUUAGGCAUUGAGAUGGUACACUUCAAACCUCUUUUAGACAUCUUUUGUCUAUCUUUGCAAUAUCCUCUUCCCUGCUAUGUCAAUGCUCCGCCUUUCACGUUAUGUCCAAUCACAACAAAAAUGGGAAUUGAUUUCCCUAAGUGGUCAUGACAUCAGCAAUAGAAAGUGCCUGAGUUUGAAGCUCUUGAUCUAAUGCUCACUGCACAUAUUUAAGGCAUGUUGGAAGUGUACACAGUUCAUGGAUUGUGACACAAUAUCAGAGGUUUGCACAGUACUGUACAAAGAACUGAACGAUCUGCUUCAAGCACCUCAACUCCUGAUUUAACUGAAAACCAGAAAGGGAUGUUUUUACAUAAGCAGUAAUUACAGUAACUAAAAUGUAUCUUGAGUCAAUGGUAUAAAAUUGACUGCAGUUUUAUAACUUGCACUCCACACUUUGUUCCAUAUUCAAUUGAUAAAUUAAAAACACAGCUUGGUAAAUGAACCGUGUGUGGACUUGUUAAUGCUCACAAUAACUGUAUUCUCUGAUGUACUUGAAACAAGAUGAGCUACACAAGAUGAAAUAGCCAGCCCUUAAUUUCAUUGAGUGGGAAGGAGGAAUUCUUGGGAGGCUUUUGUGCCAUCAUAUUACAUGGUUUUAUGUCAGGAAGAGUAUAACCAACGCUAUAGUCUUGCAAGGAUGGCAACUGCUUUUUAAUCUGGACAACUGUCUUCCUUUGCAGCUAAAAUACAGUAAUACUUUGUCUUCCACUGAUAGGAUAAUAAAGCAAAUAGACAAUAAUACUUUCACUUGAGGAGGACAUCUCAAAGUGCUUCACUGCAUUUUUUACUGUAGUGUCUCCAGCCAAGGGUGUAAGUUGAAGUGCAAGUGCAGAGGUCAAAUCCAGAGGCAAGAGUGCUACAAACAGCGGGAGUGGCAAAAAAAAGGGGAGAAGGGUGGAAAACAAGCUGUACUCCAAUUUCAAUAGCAACUUCUCAGAUCACUGGAGUCUUUCACACCUUCGUUAUCUCAUUUGUUAUUUUUUGCUUAACCUCCUGUUGAUAGCAUUACAUAAUAUUAGUGAUCUAAUUGGCUGCCUCCUGGUCUAAUCGUUGUCUACCCCAAAUCUUGCCAUUCCAUAGCUCAGAGUUGAAACUGUUCUUGGGAAUGAUACCACAUACAAUUUUUAUUUACAGCUGUGUACAAAGUUUUAUUAAGUAUACAAAUAAACUCUGAUGGACCAUGUCACAAUCCAUACAAUCCAUAUAACACAACACUCGCAAGGCAAUACUCACUACUGACUUGAACUACAUGAGUUUAAAUAUACAAAAGCAUUAUGCAAAAAUACAUAAUUUACUCUCACAAAAAUACAUAUACUAUACGUGGUGAAUGAUUAUAAAACAAACAAGUUGUUUUACUAGGAUAACCAUGCUGUUCAUAUUAGAUACAUCAAACAUUUUUUAAAAUAAGUUAUAGAAUUUUCAUAGACAAAACUUUAUUUUGAACAAAAGAUAUGAUUAGAAACUUGAAAUUGAUCUUAGUUUCUGCAUCAAGAAGUCUUACUGUUGGACUCACUGCUCCCAUUGUCAUGUUUCCAAUUUACGCAAAAGCCAUUAAUAAUUAAAGUGCGUCUGUCCAAUGUGUUGAUGCACCUUUCCUUCAUUCUGAACCUAGCUGCGAAACACAGGCAAUAUGUUUGAUGAAGAGGUACUUCAGUUCACAGGAAAUCUAAAUUGUAAAGUUUCAAAAGAUGUGUGCUGCACAACACCUCAAAGUUUAAAUGCUAUUUUAACCAAUAUCACAUAAUUCAAGUAAAGGCUGAAUUUUAAAUAGAAGCUUACAUCAGACUGACUCAGUGGCAUUCUGCUAGAUAUGUCAUGUUUAUAUGAAACUACUGGUACCAUUCAAUAUAGCCAGGAAAAGCGUAAAAAAAUUUUUUAGACAAAUGUCAAUAUGUUGAGCAGUACAUUUGACGAAUAUUUAAUGUAGUGCAUGAUGACUAAUGCUGCUAGUGGAAACAAACAGCAAAAAAACAAUGCAUUCCUUGUUCUAGGAAUCUAGGGAAUUUAAUUCCUUUCAAAGGGUGCAAUUUCUUAAUUGAAUGCAGGCUGUAUCUUGAAUGAAAUGUAUCAUGACACAUUCAGUCAUUUUGUUGGUAAUAUUCCUUCAGUUUUAAAUUUCACUGGAAGUACAGGCAAGCCAAUCUGCCAUUGUGUAAGGAGACUUACAAUAAAAGUAUUUGCGUAGAUAAGA